UGGAGGGCGCGGAGCCAGAUGGUCAACUGACAGGUUGAUUUAAAUAUAAUGCAGCAGAUGUCAGCAGGUGUGUGUGUGUGUGUGUGUGUGUUUCCAGCAGGUACAAUUCCCCCUCCACUUCCAGCAGAGCCCAUUCAACAUCCACCACUCCAGUUAUUAAUACUCUGCAGUGUAGUGUGUUGUGAUACUCUAGAAUAGACCAGUGUCAAGAUGGUCUGCCGUCACAUCUUGCUAUCUUUGGUUGCAGUUUAUGUUUAUGCUUCCGAGUAUCACAGUAUUGUAGAAAAAGUCGUUUAUAAAUACCCUGGAAAAAUACGCGGGGACUGGGAGUUACCAGAGUGUGGUACACACAGCGUGUGUGGAGUGAUGAGACUGAGGUUCUGGCAGUCCCCCACUAUCUAUCGUCUGUGUCGUUGUGUGCAAGGAGACGAGUGUCCCUGGCGAUGGGGUAACAGUACGGACCAGUACAGCAUGCCUCUUGACAAUCGGUCCCAGCUUAAGUUUUGUCAGCGAGUGACGGAGCUGGGGCAAUGCUCGGACAAGCGUAGUGGGAUGGUGGAGUCAUCACACUACGAGGGAGACGUACACAACUUGACCACAGAUGCACUGUGUCAUUGUCACUGGCCAGCCUACUGGCAACUGCACCGUCACUACUACCGCAACCUACACAACGGCACAAUAGACAACAUAAACUACUUCCGCUGUGCCAAGAUGGGUAAAUGUCGUGUCAAUGAGUUCUGCGGCCACAUAGUCGCUGACACUUUCUCCACAUACCAGAGGUGUUCCUGUCCUGUCGGCUCAUUGUGUCUCAACCGAGACCGGACAAUACGCAAUGCAACUGAGCUUAUGUACUCCGGCCCAACGUACCGUGCCUACUGCCUACCUCUCAAUCCCUAACACCUACAAAAGCUACUAGCAUGAGUCACACAAUACAAAUAUUGUCAAAAUAGUGUAUUUCAAAGGUGUCAUAAUAAUAUGCUGUCGAAUACUGUAUUAGAUAUAGAGUACCAAAGUAUGUGUAUGUGUUAUGUAUAUUUGUCAAAUGUGUAGGAUUUUUUUGUAUUUAUUAACCUAUUUAUGAGUGUAAAAUGUUAAUUAGUUGAAAUGUUGAUUGUUUUUCUAUUGUGACAUAACAACUAGGGCUUAGACCAUGAGAACAGUCUGUAAAAGAAAAAUGAUUUUUACGAACUAAAUUUUAAUGUAAUUCUGGCCAAUAUAGGAGUUAUAAAUUUCUUGCACAUUUUAGUAUGAUGAAAUACCCUAACAUUCGGAUCUUGUAGCUUACUUAUAAAAUUUUUUUAAAGCUUUUUAAAAAGUUUUAAGCAUUUGUGAAAACCAAAAAUAUAGUAGACAACUUUUUAAAUUAAAGAAAUAGGCCUGCACUAUAAUUCUUGCUCAAAUUAAAAACUGAACAGCAAAUAAUUCUAAUCUUUUCAUAUUGAUUAUAUAUAUUUACUGAAUGACAGGCUUAAAGCCAAAUCGAUAACCUGGGUCUAUAAAUAAUUCAACUGAGCUAAUAGAUCAUAUUAUGACGGUUUACUCAACAACUCCUCAAAGUAUCUUAGCAGAUUAAAUAUUGAUGUAUAUUGAUGU